AUGUCUAUCUACGCUGCCAAAGUCUCCUCAACCGAGCCCCUCUCUGAGGAAGAUGCCCGCUGGAUCAAGCUCGAAAAAAUCAACUACGACGAUGCAAAAGGCGUCCAAAGAACCUGGGAAUCAGCCUCCCGUUCAACCCGUCCUUCAACAGCCACAAUCGACGGCGUAGGCAUAGUCGCCAUCCUCGAACAUCCCUCCGGUCCCAGCAUCAUCCUCCAAAAACAAUAUCGCCCUCCUGUGGAUAAGGUAGUAAUCGAAGUACCAGCCGGUCUAAUCGACGAAAACGAAACACCCGAAGAAUGCGCAAUUCGCGAACUGAAGGAAGAAACAGGCUACGUGGGCGUCGUCACCGAAACUUCACCGAUGAUGUUCAACGAUCCUGGGUUCUGCAACACGAAUCUUCAAAUGGUGCAUGUUAGUGUUGAUAUGAAUCUCAAGGAGAAUCAGGAGCCGAAGCCGGAGCUUGAGGAUGGAGAGUUUAUUGAGACUUUUACGGUUAAGUUGAGUGAGCUAUGGGAUGAGUGUGUGAAGCUUGAGAAGGAAGGGCAUGUUAUCGAUGCGAGGGUGGGAACGCUUGCGGAGGGGAUAUUGCUGGCUCAGAGAUUUAAACUGUAG